AUGGCGACAAACACAAAGCAGGCCUACCCGGUCCUGCCCAAGAAUCUUCUUUUAAUCUCUUUGAAGAUGUACUUUGAGCCGUCGCGAACGCUCGAGUACUGCCGCGCACUUCUUGACCCCGAAAACGACAUAGUUCGACCGGAAAACCGAUCUAAGCUCCUCCUAGCUCUAAUCCCUGACUUUCUCACCAUUUAUCCCUGUGCGGGAAUUAUCAACGAAUACGUCUCUUCCUUGCCAAAAGAUGAUUCCCCGUCACUUCCCGCCCCAUUCCUGUUAGGCGCACAAGACUGUUUUUGGGAAUCUCUCGGGGCCUACACCGGCGAAGUCUCACCACUUUCUCUUAGCUCCAUGGGUGUCUCCAUUGUUGAGUUAGCCCAUGCCGAGCGCCGCUCUAUCUUUGGCGAAACGGAUGAACAGGCUGCCCGCAAGGCUGCCGCGGCCUGUGCACACGGCAUGGUCCCUCUGGUAUGCAUCGGCGAAAUCAGCGCACCUGGCCCAGUGGCUUCGGAAGCUGUUGGGCUUGCGGUGUGCGAGUGCGAAGUACUGGUUCGUGCUAUACUGAAUGCUAUCCCAGCCGAUGCACCCGUCAUUUUUGCUUAUGAGCCUGUCUGGGCCAUUGGGAAACCUAAGCCAGCCAGCGUGGAUCAUAUCUCUGCUGUGGUGGACGGGCUGCGCGCAUUGGUCGGUCAGCGACCUGGAGACGUCCGUAUUCUGUACGGAGGCAGUGCUGGGCCCGGCCUGUGGGGGCCCGGCGGUCUGGGGAAAGCUGUGGAUGGCAUGUUUCUGGGUCGAUUUGCGCAUGAAAUCGAGGGCGUGCGCAAGGUCGUCCGAGAAGUGGAGGAAACUCUCAUUUGA